AUGGCUACAAAUGAAUCCCCCCAUGAUCGCCAAAUCGUAUUGGCAGCUAUCGAUGUCUGGCAACAGGAUAAACGCUUCGACAACCUCUCCACUGAUAAACUCUAUCGCGUAAUUCUCAAAAACAAGCCUGAGUGGCGACCAGCCUCUUUGGACGAUGAAGCCGCUUUUACUCCGGAACGUCUCCACAAGUGUUUGGCAGAUGCAAACAUGACCCCGGAUCGGUUCGAGCCCCAAUCCUAUGCUAGCAAGAUUGUAUCAAAAUUCCCCGUUCCAUAUCUCGUUAUCCCUUCUUCUGCUUCCAGCUGGAUUGAUGUGCGUCCUAUUGUUUCAUCCGACCCAUCUGCCUCCGACUCCAAGUACAAGGGCAAGGGCGUUUUUGCGAAAACAGAAAUCCCCAAGGACAAAACCAUUUGGACAGAAACUGCUCUAUUCUCGGUUCCUUCAGUUUCUUCAGUUCCUCACAUGCGUGCGGGGAAUGCUUGUGCUCAUUGCGGAACGGUGUUUGCUCGCGCGCUGGGCACUGUCGGGUGCACACAGUGCGAGGCCCGUUUUUGUGGAACAAAGUGCCGUGCGGCCGCCACCAGUUCCAUGGCUCAUGCAGCUACCUGGCACGUCGGUACUAAGUUGAGCAAAACGGCACAGAUUGGGCCCAAAGCAUGGCGCAAGUAUGAAGACAUGUGCUCAGGAGCUGCUUCUAAAGACAAGAACAAUGAGGCUGCGACUGAAAGUGCUUGGGCUGCAGGAUAUGCAGUAGGAAUGGUGCUCGUACGACUGGCAGCAGAAGCCCAAAAAUCUCUUGAGGGUGCACUCAAGCUCCAGGAACAGUUUGAGGCUAUGGCCACUGUUGGCCAAGACGUUCGUCAGGCACAUGCAGCUGGUGCAGGAUCCAAUGCUGCAUCUCGAAGUCUUUUUGCAAGCGAGCAGGAAGAGCUAGUUCUUAAGGAUGGGUACAAUCUACUUUCCAAGGCUAUUACCAAGGCAUUUUCUCUUGAUGAAAAUACCCCGGGCAAGCUCACUUACUCGUACGACCGGUACUUGCACAAUAUCGGGACCUGGAACCUUAACAAUAUCAAGCAUUGUGUGUUUCUAAUUCAAUCCAACCUCAACCACUCAUGCGAACCAAACUCCAAAACGGUCUUUGGAAACACUACACUUGAUCCAAUUUCUAUUGUGGCUCUCAGGGACAUUUCUGCAGACGAAGAGCUUACAAUUUCUUAUGUUGAUCCGUCGCUUGACUAUCCGGCGCGCCAGCGUCAGCUUAAGGGAAAUUGGGGAUUUCAGUGUGAAUGUUCCCGAUGUGUACGUGAAAAACCUUCUUAUGAGGUUGACAUUGAUGCCGAUGGAAAUAUUAUAGAAGAAAAUGCCUAA